CAACACUCUUCCAACUAGAACAAACGACACUGCCCAUUGGCGAUAAGAUUGGAAAAUAACUAACGUCCUCCACUCCGCAGUUGCCCAAUCCUUGAACAAACUGCCCACAUUGAAAUUCAUCAAAUUAGUCAACGAGGCUUCUGUGGAGAAUCGGCAAUUUUAGAUGCGAGGGAUUUCUUCAGAAAUUGAAGUCCGAUCCUUCCCCUGACCCAUCGAACAGUUCAUCUUCUCUUUGAUCCACAAACCCCAGGUUAUGGCUUCAUUGGCUGCUAAGCUUGUGAUUCCCUCCGAGAAUGGUUACAAAGUGUGGGAAGACCAAAAUUUCAUCAAGUGGAGGAAGAGGGAUUCCCAUGUUCCUCUCCGUUGCCAGGAUUCUGUUGAAGGAUGUAUUAAGUACUGGCAAGACCGUAGUAAAGUAGAUUUUCUGGUGUCGAAAUCGGCUGUUUGGAACGACGAUGCUGUUCACAGUGCUCUUGAUUGUGCUGCUUUCUGGGUUAAGGAUUUACCUUUCAUCAAGUCUCUAUCUGGUUACUGGAAAUUCUUCUUGGCCGCUAGUCCAACCAGCGUUCCUGUGGAUUUCCAUGAAAGUUCAUUUGAGGAUUCUGAAUGGACAACUCUGCCAGUUCCUUCAAAUUGGCAGAUGCAUGGAUUUGAUAAGCCAAUUUACACCAAUGUUGUCUAUCCCUUCCCUGUCGAUCCGCCGCAUGUUCCUGAGGACAAUCCUACAGGCUGCUACAGAACUUAUUUCCAUCUUCCAGAAGAAUGGAAAGGUCGAAGAAUUUUGUUGCACUUUGAAGCUGUUGAUUCUGCCUUUUUUGUGUGGAUAAAUGGGAAUCUCGUCGGGUAUAGUCAGGACAGUAGACUACCAGCUGAGUUUGAAAUAACAGAAUAUUGCCAUCCCUGUGGAUCAAAGUCCAAGAAUGUUGUUGCUGUUCAAGUUAUAAAAUGGAGUGAUGGUUCUUAUCUUGAGGAUCAAGACCAGUGGUGGCUCUCCGGGAUUCAUCGCGACGUUCUUCUCAUGGCCAAACCUCAGGUGUUCAUAGGGGACUACUUCUUCAAAUCAAAAGCUGGGGAGGAUUAUUCAUAUGCUGAUAUACAGGUUGAAGUGAAAAUUGACAGCUCUCUUGAGGCAAGCAAGGAAAAUUUUCUUAAUGACUUUAAGUUAGAAGCGGUAUUAUUCGACUCUGGAACAUGGGACAACAACAAUCACGAAAGCCAUGUCGACCUACUCUCGUCAAAUGUGGCUAAUGUUAAGCUUACUCUGCUCCCUGGCACAGCCUUGGGGUUCCAUGGUUACGUCCUUGGGGGAAGAUUGGAAAAGCCUAGGCUUUGGUCUGCAGAGCAACCAAAUCUCUACACUCUUGUUGUUCUUCUGAAAGACUCGUCAGAUCGGAUCGUUGACUGCGAAUCGUGUCUGGUUGGAAUAAGAAGUAUUAGGAAAGCUCCAAAACAGCUGCUUGUCAAUGGGUGUCCAGUAGUAAUCAGAGGUGUGAAUAGGCACGAGCAUCAUCCACGUCUCGGGAAGACGAAUAUAGAGUCUUGCAUGAUUCAGGAUUUGGUCCUAAUGAAACAAAACAAUAUCAAUGCCGUGAGAAACAGCCAUUAUCCUCAACACCCUCGUUGGUACGAGUUGUGCGAUUUGUUCGGCAUGUACAUGAUAGACGAAGCCAACAUCGAAACACACGGUUUCGAUCUUUCUGGACAUGUGAAGCAUCCAACUUUGGAACCCAGUUGGGCAUCUGCAAUGUUAGAUCGUGUUAUAGGAAUGGUGGAAAGAGAUAAAAACCAUGCCUGCAUUAUAGCUUGGUCCUUAGGAAAUGAAGCUGGAUAUGGUCCCAACCACUCUGCUCUUGCUGGGUGGAUUCGGGGAAAGGAUUCGUCCCGAGUGUUGCACUAUGAAGGAGGAGGAUCUAGAACCUCUUCUACUGAUAUAGUUUGUCCUAUGUACAUGCGUGUAUGGGACAUGGUCAAGAUUGCUAAUGAUCCCAACGAAACUCGUCCUUUGAUACUUUGCGAGUACUCACAUUCAAUGGGAAACAGCACUGGGAAUCUCCACAGAUAUUGGGAAGCAAUUGACAACACCUUUGGCCUCCAAGGAGGGUUUAUCUGGGAUUGGGUUGACCAGGCACUACUGAAGGAGGUUGGCGAUGGCAGGAAGCGAUGGGCAUAUGGAGGUGAAUUUGGGGAUAUCCCAAAUGAUUUAAAUUUCUGUCUCAAUGGCGUGACAUGGCCAGAUCGAACUCCCCAUCCUGCACUACAUGAAGUCAAGUAUCUUUACCAGCCCAUCAAGAUUUCAUCACGGGAUGGAACACUUCAGGUUCUGAAUGGUCAUUUUUUUUCAACAACAGAGGACUUGGAGUUCAGUUGGAGAAUUUAUGGGGAUGGUCAUGAACUUGGAAAUGGAACUUUAUCUCUUCCUGUAUUAGGACCUCAGAGAAGUUACGAUAUUGAAUGGCAAUCAAGUCCUUGGUAUGAUCUAUGGGCUUCAUCACCUGCAUUGGAGUUCUUUUUAACUGUAUCUGUGAAACUUCAGCGCCCGACACGAUGGGUCGAAGCUGGUCACAUCGUUUCAUUGUCACAAGUCCAGUUGCCAACGAAACGAGAUUUUUUUCCUCACUCCAUCAAGAAUGUUAGUGCUACUUUACUUAGUGAAAUUCAUGGGGAUACGGUUCGUGUCUACCAGCAGAACUUAUGGGAGAUUAAAUUGGAUGUUCAAACCGGAACUCUUGAAAGCUGGAAGGUUAAAGGAGUUCCUCUAAUAAUUAAAGGCAUCAUACCUUCCUUCUGGCGAGCGCCUACCGAUAACGACAAAGGUGGAGGUUCAUGUAGUUAUUUAUCCUUGUGGAAAGCUGCCCAUAUUGAUACCCUCUCUUUCACUGCUGAAAGAUGUUCCAUACUUAGCACAACAGACCAUUUUGUGAAAGUCGCCGUCAUUUUCCUCGGCGUCGGGAGUGAUAGGCAGUGGGCUUCUUCUUCUGCAUCAGAAAAAUCAGAUGCCUUAAUUCAAGUGGAUAUGAUUUACACAAUUUAUGGUUCUGGGGAUGUGAUUGUGGACUGCAAUGUACAACCAAGCCCAAACCUUCCUCCUUUGCCCCGUGUGGGAGUCGAAUUUCAUCUAGAUAAAUCUGUGGACCGGGUCAGAUGGUAUGGAAGAGGGCCGUUCGAGUGUUAUCCCGAUCGAAAAGCAGCUGCUCAUGUUGGAGUUUAUGAGAAGAAUGUGUCUGAAAUGCAUGUUCCAUACAUUGUCCCUGGAGAAUCUUCAGGCAGGGCAGAUAUCAGGUGGGUAACUUUUGAAAACAAGGAUGGUGUUGGAAUUUACGCCUCAAUUUACAGAAGCUCGCCGCCAAUGCAAAUGAGUGCAAGCUAUUACUCCACUGCAGAGCUCGAUCGAGCAGUACACAAUGAUGACCUUGUCAACGGAGACGACAUUGAGGUUCAUCUCGACCACCAGCACAUGGGUGUGGGAGGAGAUGAUAGCUGGUCUCCCUGUGUACAUGACGACUACUUGCUGUCUCCUGUGGCGUACUCGUUCUCGAUGAGGUUCUAUCCGAUAACUCCAUCCGCUUCCGGGCAUGAUGCUUACAAAUCCCAACUCCCAUUGUAGUGAACUCGGCAUCGGCAACAACAUCAACAUCCAACCAAGUAUUAAGCUCCAAGGAAAGAACUCUCGAUAAUCUAUUGGUUUGCUUACUAACAAAAGGGAGUUGCCAUCAAGUAACCUGCAUCAUAUAGACCGUGUUAGACUGCAUUCCUUUUCUUUCUCCCCUGCGUCGAGGCUGGGGACGGGGACAAUGCAAAUAAUUUCUCGGUCAUCUAUGGGUUAUGCAAACAAAACAGACAUUACAAUAAUGGCAAUGUUGCUAUGGAUUCAGGUCAGGUGAAUUUGUAUAGAUCUUAUUGAGACAAUGAAUGUCCCAUUGUUCGCU